CUCUGCAUACGAUAAGUAUCCGUGCAAACCCGCUAACUUUACUCUCUCUUCCUCUCUCCGUCACUCUAAUCGCAGGAACUUCGGGCGCAGAGAGACUCCGACUCACAUCUCCUUCGAUUCGUCUUCGUCUUGGUUUAUGAGCUCGAAGGAGAAGCCCACUCUUGGUGGUACGCGGAUUAAGACCCGCAAACGGAACAUCGCAGCGCCUCUGGACCCUGCAGCAUUUGCGGAUGCAGUGGUCCAGAUUUAUUUGGAUAAUGCUGGUGAUUUGGAACUUGUUGCCAAGACUAUUGAGUCUUCAGAUCUUAACUUCUCAAGAUACGGUGACACCUUUAUUGAGGUUGUUUUCACAGGAGGGCGUACGCAACCUGGAACUACCAAACCUGAUGAGGGGGAGCGUCAUCCUUACUCUAUAAUAGACUGUGAUGCUAAACGUGAAGCUAUCUUACCUUCUGUGAUCUACAUACAGAAAAUUUUAAGGCGGAGGCCAUUUCUCAUAAAAAAUCUUGAAAAUGUCAUGCGAAGAUUCCUGCAGUCCUUGGAGCUUUUUGAGGAGAAUGAGACGAAGAAGCUGGCAAUUUUCACAGCACUUGCUUUCUCUCAGAAGCUAUCAGGUCUUCCACCAGAGACUGUGUUCCAGCCACUGCUUAAGGAUAACCUUGUGGCCAAAGGGCUAGUUCUUUUAUUUAUAACAGAUUUCUUUAAGGAAUAUCUGAUUGAUAAUAGCCUUGAUGAUUUGAUUUCUAUACUGAAGCGGGGUAAAGUGGAAGAAAAUCUUCUGAACUUUUUCCCAUCUGCAAAGCGAUCUCCUGAGGUUUUCUCAGAGCAUUUUACCAAAGAAGGGCUGGUAGCCUUGGUGGAAUAUAACGACAAGAAAAUAUUUGAGGUGAAACUUAAGGAAAUGAAAUCUGCUUUAACAACCCAGUUAACGGAGGAGGUUGAUAUGUCUGAAGUCAUAGAAACAGUGAAGCAGCGUGUUAAAGAUGCUAAAUUGCCAGACAUUGAGGUUGUGAGGAUUCUGUGGGAUGUCAUAAUGGAUGCUGUUCAGUGGUCUGGAAAGAAUCAGCAACAAAAUGCUAAUUCUGCUUUACGCCAGGUGAAAACGUGGGCAAAACUGUUGAAUACUUUCUGCACUAAUGGAAAACUUGAGCUGGAGCUCAUGUAUAAAGUUCAGAUGCAAUGCUAUGAGGACGCGAAGCUCAUGAAGCUGUUCCCUGAGAUUGUGAGGUCUCUCUAUGACCAGAAUGUGCUUGCAGAAGACACCAUUCUGCACUGGUUCCGCAAAGGAACAAACCAGAAGGGCAGGCAAACCUUUGUGAAGGCACUGGAGUCCUUCGUGAAUUGGCUGGAGGAGGCGGAAGAAGAGGAAUAGGUGCGCAGCCAAUGAUGCUGUAAACCUUAGCGCUUUUAGUUUUAUCUCACUAUCUUAUUUCUAUCCGUUGUCUUCGAUAUGAACUAUUAACUAAUGAAUUUCCAUGUCACGUUUCUCUCUUUUUUUAUAUUUUACGUUGGUGUUCCUGAAUAUGAUAUGAUAAAACCAUUGAUGGUUUAUUGCUUAUAA